UUUGCAGGUUUCUUAUCCUUUAGGUCAUUUCCCGCUGAUCAGAAGCAUUCUUUGAAUUAUUCUUGUCGUGAAGAAGUGCGCGUGGCUGUUUAACAGGAGCGCGUGUGCACAGAGCGCGCACAAGGGAACGCAUGGAGGAGUGUUUGCGCAAAUCGUGUCCGUGUCUCCGGACAUUAUGGGACCGAAUGUUCAAAACCGAGAAAAAAACCGAUGGGCUCGAGAGGAAAGUCUCGAACAGCGAUCCGGAUCGGGAGCAGCGCUACAACCCGUCACCGAGCGCGCACAAACUACCGAAACCCGGAGAGCCGGAGGACAGCGAGGUUUACGUGGCAUUAUGGGCUUUCGAAGCGCGCGACCACACCGAGCUGUCGUUCGUUGCGGGAGAUCGGUUCCGCAUCAGGCAGCGCACAGGGGACUGGUGGACCGCCGACAGACUGGACGAGAGCGGCGACGUGAUCGGCACCGGAGUCGUGCCGUAUAAUUACCUGGAGCGCGCAGACUCGGCCACGGUGCAACCGUGGUUCUUUGGCAAAAUGAACCGGACUGACUGUCUCAGUCACCUCCUGACAGAUCAAAACAAAGAUGGCGCUUUUCUGGUGCGAGUCAGUGAGACUGACAAUGUUGACCAUGUAAUCUCAGUUAAGGUGAAAAACAAAGCAAAGCACUUUAAGAUCUAUGACUCAGAGAACGGAUUCUACGUGGAAGAGUCCUGUCGAUUCUCAAGUUUGCUGGAUCUUAUAGAACACUAUCAGAGUCAUCCUCUGGCCUCAGUGGACAGACUGGGAAAACCCUGUGUCAGGAGAAAGCCUAAGCCCCAGGACCUGUCUCACACCACAGUGGACAUAUGGGAACUUCCCAAAGAGAACUUCAGUCUGGAGAACAAGCUGGGCAGCGGUUACUUUGCUGAUGUUUAUCGAGGCAAAUGGAAGAACCAAAUCUACGUGGCCAUUAAAGUUCUCAAGAACAACGAGUCUCUGAACCAACAAACAUUUCAGAUGGAGGUUGAGGUUUUGAAACAGUUGCGUCACAACCAUCUUAUCUCACUCUUUGCAAUAUGCACUUCAUCCAUCCCCUAUUUCAUCAUUACUGAGUACAUGGAGAAGGGAAACCUAAGGGAUUUACUCCGCAGUCCAGAGGGCAAUGCUUUAGACCCAGAAAUCUUGGCUGACAUGGCAUUUCAGGUGGCUGAUGGGAUGUCUUACCUGGAGGAUCACAAUAGUAUUCACAGAGACCUGGCAGCUCGCAAUGUUCUUGUUAGUGAGGGUUACCUGUGCAAGGUGGCUGACUUUGGUUUAGCACGAUUCAUCAAGGAGCCAGUCUAUUUGUCUACUGAUAUAAAGAUUCCAUUCAAGUGGACAGCUCCUGAAGCCAUCGAACACUCCCUUUUCUCUAAUAAAUCUGAUGUCUGGUCUUUUGGCAUUCUCUUGUUUGAGAUGUAUUCUUAUGGUGCAAAUCUGUACCCAGGUCUCAGUAACAAAGAUGUGCUUGAGGAGAUCAAACGUGGCUACAGGAUGCCUGCUCCUUCCAAAUGUCCAAAAUUCAUCUACAACCUCAUGCUGUCCUGUUGGAGUGAGAAGCCAGAGGAUCGGCCAGAUUUUAAGUUGUUGAAAUCUGAGCUUCAGGAGUACGUGAACCUUGUCAGUUAGCUUUAUAUAUAUCCUGUGUGUGUGUGUGUGUGUGUGUGUAUAGUAUAAAUAUUUUUAUUCAGAGAAAUGUACAGCAUGUGAGAUGGAUUUUGACUUUGUAAAAUUGCUGUAUAAUGUUUGUCUCUGAUGGGUUUAAGAAAGUAGCACACACAAAAUGUCCUACUACAAUAUCAGUCAAACAUUUGGACACACCUUCUAAUUCAGUGUUUUUUCUUUAUUUGUAUUAAUUAAAAGACACUUCGUGUCUUAAAGUAAUGACGGAUGUCAUUUCUCUUUACUUAGUUGAGCGGUUCCUGACAUGAUAUGGAUUACUACAGUUGUGGAAUAGAGCUGUUUACUAUAUUUUUAUUAUUUACUAUUAGCUGUUUGAUCUCAAACACAUUAAGACAGCAAGAAAUUGCACUAAUUAACUUUUGACGAGGCACAGCUGUUAAUUGAAAAGCAUUUCAGGUGACUGCCUCAUGAAGCUGGUUAAGAUAAUGCCAAUAGCGUGCAAAGCGUCAUCAAGGCAAACGGUUGCUACUUUAAAGAAUCUAAAAUAUAAAACUUUUUUAAACACUUUUAUCACAUAAUUCCAUACAUUUUCCAUGUGUUAUUUCAUAGUGUUGAUGUCUCCAGUAUUGUUCUAAAGUGUAGAAAAUAAUAAUAAAAAAAAACUAUGAAUGAUUAGGUGUGUCCAAAUUUUUGACUGGUACUGUACAUUAACUGUACACAAUGUAUUAACUGUAAUUAUAUUAAGUGUAUUAAUUGUUAUACAGAUAUCAUAUAAUGGUGUAAAGAACAUGAGAAGCUGCUGUAAUGAUAUUGGCAAGAUAUUAAGAAUUCCACCUUAAUUUAACAAGCACAAUCCACUAUAAUCACCAGCAGCUGUGGAAUGUGUGAUUUAAGAUAUUAUGUUCUCAUUGUGGGCGGCAUGGCGGUGUAGUGGUUAGCGCUGUUGCCU